AUGUCAAACAUCGUGGGUAUUGAGUACAAUCGUGUCACCAACACCACAUCUACGGAUUUUCCUGGUCAUCUGACCAACGAAGAUAAUGCAUGGGAUAUGGAAAAAUUCAAGUCUAAGUUCGACAUUAACGUCCAAUACAUUGCAGGCAGAAACGCCAACUUCGAUUUGAUCAACAUUGACACAUCGAUAGCCAAUGCCUUCAGAAGAAUCAUGAUCGCAGAAGUUCCUUCCGUAGCAGCGGAAACAGUUUAUGUGUUCAAUAAUACUUCUGUCAUUCAAGAUGAGGUCCUCGCACACAGGAUAGGUCUCAUUCCUUUGGAUGUGGAUCCAGAUGUGUUGGUGUGGCUCGACCCUUCAGUUGACGAGAAAGAAAGAUUCAACGACACAAACACCAUCGUCAUGUCGUUGGACGUCAGCUGUACCCGCAACCCACAUGCUCCUGCUGAUGCGACGGACCCUAAUGUGCUUUAUAGAAAUCUGAACGUCUACGCCAAAGACCUUAAAUUCGAGCCUCAAGGCCGUCAGGUGGAGCUCUUCAAGGACAGACCGGUCCAGCCAUGUGACCCUGACAUUUUGCUUGCGAAAUUGAGACCGGGCCAGGAGAUCUCUUUGAGGGUACAUUGUGUGUUGGGUAUUGGUAGCGACCACGCCAAGUUCUCCCCAGUCUCCACUGCUUCGUACCGUUUGAUGCCUACUAUUGAUAUCAAAGAACCCAUUGAGGGAGAGUUGGCCAAAAAAUUUCAAAAAUGUUUCCCAUCUGGCGUGAUUGGCAUUGAUGAACUGGGCAAAGCAUACGUGAAAGACGCCAGAAAGGAUACCGUGUCAAGAGAAGUAUUGAGACACGAUGAUUUAGCAUCGAAGGUGAAACUAGGCAGAAGAAGAGACCAUUUCAUCUUCAACGUAGAGUCUACGGGCGCAAUGCUGCCCACAGAGAUCUUUCUCAAGUCGGUAAGAGUGCUGAAGAACAAGGUCGACUACUUAAGAAACUGUCCAAUUGGUCAGUGA